AUGAUCCGCGGCGCCUGGAUGUCCCCCCGCGGGGGCGCCGCCGGCGGGGCCGUGUGCUGCGCGCCGCGCCGCAGCGACAAGCCGGUGGCCGACCCCGAGCGGGCGCAGAAAUGGCGCCUGUCGCUCGCCUCGCUCCUCUUUUUCACCGUGCUCCUCUCCGACCAUCUGUGGCUCUGCGCCGGGGCCAAGCUGCGGGCGCGGGAGCGGCCGCGGGGCCGCGGGCCGCGGGCGCUGCUGGCGGCCGAGCCGGCGGGCGGCGGCGGCGGCGGCGGCAGCUGCGAGGCCCUGCUGGGCAACCUGAGCCGCGGCCCCGGCGGGCCCUGCCCCGCCGCCCGCGGGGACCUGGACUCGGCGUGCGCCCGGCUGCUCGCCCCGCAGCGCCCGCGGGCCCCCGGCGCGCCCCUGCGCUCGCCCCCCGUCGCCGCCGCCGCCGCCGCCGCCGCGCCCUUCUUCGCCUCGCCCUCCUCCAAAAGGACCUUCCUGCAGGCUUACUUCAGGAACUUCAACCUCUCCUUUUGUGAUACUUACACGAUCUGGGACCUGCUGCGGGAGAUGGCCGGCCCCGACGGCCUGGACUGCAGCCUGGACAACCUGAUGGUGGACCUGGUGGUGGCGGCGGCCGGGGCGCUGGGCGGGGAGGCCUGUAGCAGCUGCGUCCAGGCGUACCAGCGGCUGGACCAACACGCUCAGGAAAAAUACGAGGAGUUCGACCUCUUGCUGGAGAAGUACUUGCAAUCGGAAGAGUACUCGGUCAGAUCCUGCCUGACGGACUGCAAGGCUGUCUACAAGGCAUGGUUGUGCUCCGAGUACUUCAACGUGACCCAGCAGCAGUGCCGGCAGCGGAUCCCAUGCAAGCAAUACUGCCUGGAGGUGCAGACCAGGUGCCCCUUCGUGUUACCGGACAAUGACGAGCUGAUCUAUGGAGGUUUGCCUGGCUUCAUCUGUACGGGGCUGCUGGAGAACCAGCUGCCCGACGAGGAGGCCAAGUGUUGCGAGGUGCAAUGGGACUCCUGCGAGCACCCCCCAGACAGCAACGAGGACACAUCCCCCAAAUCCACGGCGUCAGAGUCGCUCCAUUUCCACCGCCACGACCCCCACCUCCAUCACCAGCGGCAGAACCACUACCACCUCUACCACCACCACCACCACCAGUACCACCAGCCCCGCUCCCCGUCCUUGCUGCCGGUCUCCGCGGGGUCUCGCCUCGGCAGCAGCAGGAUCAGACUGUGCGUGCUGGUCCUGAUGCUCCUCCACACCAUGGUGUCCUUCUCGAGCGUGCACGGCGGCGCCGGGGGGCUCGGCCUGGAGGCCCCGCCCGCCCUGGAGGAGAGCGUGGCACGGGACGAGUGACGCGGAGGGCAGAGCCGACCUCCAAGGAGAACGCCAGAUCUUUUUCCAUAAGGGGGGCACAUGCUAUUCCUCCAAUGGGAGGCACGGGAUUGGGGGUGGCGCACACGCACCCCCGCACAUCCCCCAAGAGCUGCUCGCGCGGGGCAUCCCCGUGGUGAAGAGUCUCAAACGCGCACAGGGCUGCGGGACCCGGCGCCAGAAGGGUUCGGGCAGGGGCAGCAUUCCCGGCCCCGCAGGCGCCGGGCGGGCAGGAAUGGCACGGGGGUGGGGGGACCGAGGGGAGGGGUCCCUUGGAAUCGAGGGGUGUCCCCAUGGGACUGCCGAGUGUCCCCCGGCCGCUGCCGCGAGUGCCUUGGGCGCCCGCGCCUCCCCUGCCCGUGCCGUGCCGAGGUUUGACAGUCGGCCCAGCCCUCGUUCCUUUUCUCCUGGGUCUGUGAAUCCCGAGGGAGCAGGCGGAGGGGCAGCACCUCCCGGCACAGCCUGGCCCACUCCUGUCCCCGGGAAAAGCCACCAGCUCGGGGCAGAACCACCCUGGUGGGGCACAGUGUCCUCAGCACGGCACUGCCUCGCUGAUGGCGCUUGGGGACAGGAGUGGGACGCUGUGACACUGCACUGUGGUACCGCUCGGGGUUGGUCUCACCGCAUCCCAGCUGCUCCUCCAGCCUGGCCUUUCCCGCUCCUUUAUGCGAGGAGGUGGAGAGGGAGGAGGAAUGGAGCAGGAGGGAUGUUCCCAGCAUUCCCACGUCCCACUUUGCCAAGUGUCCUGAUGAUUUGGUGUAACCUUUUCUGUUGUCCUUCCUGGCUGGUGGGACUUGUCUCGGUGAGGAGCUGGGGAGAUGUGACUCCAGCGGCACACAGGCUGUGAGGGAGAGGGAUCCCACGUGGCAACAGUUGGAUGCAGGAAAUCCCAGAGGCAUCCUUCCAUGCUUCCCAGCUACAAAUCAUUGACUGGAUGGCAGGAGGACUGGGCAAACGGGCUGGAGAAAUCUGGCUUGGAGGGAGAGUCUCCCACACAAAGAGGCACUAAUAAAGCCCAGCUAGGGAGGA